AUGAGCGAGCAACAGGUGGUGUUCACGCCUCACGGCUUCACGUCGCGCACUUCGCGGCCCGAGGUGGCACUGGCUACGUCGGACGUGGCCAACGGUGCCGUGUUCGUUUUCCACUGCGGCCAGCGUCGAUCGCUGUCGCACGUCCAUCAGGGCGUCCUGGGCCUUGGCCAAUUCGGCCUGGGCAAGGUCGAUGAGCGACGCAAGGCCGCGCUCAAGUCUCACCUCAUCGAAGAGGCGCGAUGGACCGUCACCGGCACCGGCUCUGCCUCUGCGUCGUCGGGAUCCGACUCCAAUCUGCAGAAAUCGGAUGCCGCCGCCAUUGCCGCGAUCAAAUCGCACGCGGCCUACGGUCAGCUCUCCAUUCACGUCUACUUCGACAAGCUGCUCGACGAAUCCAACGGCAAGGCAUGGACCAUCAUGGUGCGCGCCCUCGAACGCGACUUCGCCCCCGCCGCGGCCAAGAAGGCCGGCAGUAAGAAGGUGCACACCUACACCGCCCCCGCCAAGGUGCCCAAGGCGCCCCAGGCCGCCCACUGGCUCGUGUUCGACGGCGCCUCGGCGCCCUCGCGCGACGGCGAGGUUGGUCGGCUCGUGGCAGCCGACCCCGCCAGUCGGCCCGACGUGGAGCCCUACUACUCGCUGGCCUGCUACGUCGACGUGGCCUCGCUGGUGGCCAUGGCCCGCGAGGGCGCCGCGCAGCAGCAGCAGGGCAAGUUGGUGCAGCAGCAGCUGCGCCUGUACGAGGACGGCUGGCUCAGGGACAACCUCCAGCGCCACCUCAACAUCACCGAGUGGAUGAAGAUGAUGAUGAUGAUGUUGAAGAGGAAGUGGAAGAGGGAGAAGAAGAGGACGGACUGGCGUGUGGGUCACGAGCAGUUCAACUGGCUUGAGACGAUGGGUGGAUUGGCUCAUGGUAAUGAGCUCUCGCAGGCCGGCGAGCAGAUCGCGCACUCGCCCAACGGUGACGAGCUGUUCGAGGAGAUCCACGGCCGGGAGUCGCUGCUCAGCCACCUGGCCCACUGGGACGGCUUCGAGAAGGACGCCAUCUACUCGCAGGGCCACCAAUGCGAUCACGACCACGGCGACGGAGAGGACCACCACCACGACCACAGCCACGGCCACGGCCACGUGCACGGCCAGCAGCCGACGCGCAUGCCCAAGCAGAUGGUGCUGUGGUCGUGGCUCAACGCCGACAAGGCGCAGCAGCAGGGCGGGCAGGGCGGCGAGGCCGCCAAGGCCAAGAAGAAGCGAAAGAAGCGCAACAAGAACAAGAGCAAGGCGGCCGCCCCCACCGACGCGUCCCCGAGCGAGCAGGCGACGACCGAACAGGAAACCCAACAGUGA